AUGGCGAAACAGAGGUUGACGGCCUUGGAUAUACGGGCGAUAAUCACCCUGUGUAAGAAUAUCAUUGUCGGAUGUGUGGUAACGAACAUUUAUAAUAUUUCGAACAAAAUUUACGUUUUAAAAUGCUCGAAAAAGGAGCAGAAGUAUUUUUUCCUGGUGGAAGCGGAGAAGAGAAUCCAUAUAACAGAAUGGAAAAGAGAAAAGGAUGUGAUGCCAUCGGCAUUUACUAUGAAAUUAAGGAAGCAUCUGAGGGGUAGAAAAAUUACCAACAUAAGUCAAUUGGGAGGAGACAGAGUGGUUGACAUUCAAUUUGGCUUCGACGAUAAGGCAUGCCAUUUGAUUGUGGAGUUAUACAUUGCAGGAAAUAUUAUCCUCACGGAUAGUAACCAUAAAAUAUUGUCCAUUUUAAAGAGCAAUGAUGCGAUAGGAAAGAAAUAUAACGUUAAUGAUGUGUACAAUGUGGAGGAACACACAUCCAUCUUGCUGCACAAAAAUUUGGAAAUAGUCGACAUGGAAAAUGUAAAGAAAAGUAUCAACGAAAUAAUGCUCCUUUAUAACAAUGUCACUUUGGAGGGUGCUUCUUCCGUAUGUAAGGGUGUAAUAGUUGAUGAGGGGGGUAUUGCCUCAAUUUCGCAUGAGUUUCAAAAUGGCCACGUGGAGGACAAGAACUUUGCGUUGACACAAAGUAAAUCGAUUUUGGGUGAACGCGGCAAGGGUGUAAACGAAAAUGCCACAGUCAGCAAAAAGGGAAGUGUAAAGAACGGCAUUGAGGAAGAAGCAAAAAAUAAGGGCAAAAACAACGCCAAAUUGAAAAGCGCCAAACAUGUGGACGAUAAAAAGUCGGCAAGUUUGAAUAACAAGUCGAAUAAAAAAAUGAGCACCCCCAUUUGUAGCGAUAAUGAGAAAAGUAAAAAGAUGAAGAAGCUUAAAACGUUGACUGAUUUAGCUAGCAAGCUUAUUGUGUUUGCCCAUAGUGAUCUAAUUGUCCAUUCGUUAAUUGCAUGUGAUGUGAAUCCUUCCGAUUCGUUGGAGAAAUACAGCUUGAGUGACUUAAGCCAGAUUUUGCUCAAAGCGAUAAAUGAGGCGCUAUCCGUGCUGAACAGUUUUAGCAGCGAAGGGAGUUGUGUAAAGGGCUACGGAUUUGCCUUAAAGGGUGGUGCAAAAUGUGAACAGGGGACAAAAGCGGAGAAGAAUAAAACCGAUGGUGGGGAAGACAAAAAUGGUGAAGAGGUCACAUUUACGGAGUUUUCCCCAAUUAUUCUGAACAAUCAUAAAAAUAAAGUGGAGGAAAAUAAACUGGAGGUCGUCCAUUUUGAUGAUUUUAACAAAUGCGUAGACACCUAUUUUAGUAAAAUGGAAUUGUCCAAGUAUGACAAACAGCAGGAAGUGAUUAAGGUUAAAAAAUCUCUUACCAAAAUGGAUAAAAUUAAGUUAGACCAUGAGAGGAGAAUCGAACAGUUAGAGAAGGAGGUCAGUUCGUUGAAGAAAAAAAUUUCUCUCAUUCAAAUGAACGACGAAUUGGUAGAGCAAGCCAUACAGUUAAUGCGUGCCGCCGUGGCGACGAAUGCCAAUUGGGAAAAAAUUUGGGAUCAUAUUAAACUUUUUAAGAAGCAGAAUCAUCCCAUAGCACUGCGGAUUAGCUCAGUCAAUUUUAACAACUGCGAAAUGGAGUUGCUAUUAGAUGAUGGGGAGGGGGAUGAACAACGAAGCGAUGACCCCUCCUCCAGUGGGGAAAAUGAAGAACAGUUAGAGGGAAAAGCGUCCAACAGGGAGGCUGCAACAAGCAGCAGGUUCCCUGUUACGAUAAAUUUAAACAACUCUGUUUAUGGAAAUGUAGAAGAUUAUCAGAAGCUGCGAAAGAAGGCAGAAGAGAAGAUUAGGAAAACGAAAAUAUCCACCAACUUUGCCGUAAAAAAAGUGGAGAAAAAAAAAAAAGAAAAAGAAAAUAAACAAAAGGGAAAACAUAACAAGACAGUUGGUCAAAUUCAAAAGUUAAGAAAAGUCUACUGGUUUGAAAAGUUCCACUGGUUUAUCUCGUCGGAAAAUUAUUUAGUCAUUGCGGGGAGGGACGCUCUACAGAAUGAAAUAUUAUUUAGGAGGUAUUUCCAAAAGAAUGAUGUUUAUGUGCAUGCAGAUAUUCAUGGCGCUUCUACUUGUAUUAUCAAAAAUCCGCAUAAGGACAUUCCCAUUCCGGAGAAGACUCUGUCGGAGGCUGGCCAGCUAGCCAUUUGUAGAAGUUCUGCUUGGAAUAAUAAAAUUAUUACUUCUGCUUGGUGGGUGCACUAUCAUCAAGUUAGUAAAUCGGCUCCGACGGGGGAAUACUUAAAAACGGGGUCGUUUGUAAUAAGGGGGAAGAAGAACUACUUGCCGCAUGUGAAGCUGGAAAUGGGACUGUGUAUAAUUUUUCAGGUGGACAAUGCGCUGCUGGAAAAUAAUGAGGAGAACAAUUUGGACGACACGCAAAGGAGCUUUGAAAAUGAUGGGGAGAAGGCGAACAGGGAUGGUGAUCACGAAGUUGUAGGGAAUGGCGUUAUGAAGCAUGUUCCUAUGGAUAACUGCACCGGAGGGGGUUGCAUCCAAUCUGGUAAUCCUUACACCGGUCCAAUGGAAGGAAGCUUCAUCCAUGGGACAUUUCUUAGUAAGGGUAGGCAGCCGCACAACAGUGGUAGUAGGUCCGGUGAGGGUAGCUCCUCUUCAGCAUCGAACAGGUUCUUCGAAUUGCAAGAUUCCCCAGAAGGUACAAAGAAUGUGAACUGUGUGAAUAGUUGCGUUGCGCCAAAUGUGCCAUGUAGGGGGCAUUUAAAAAGGUGUGAAAGGAAGAAGAGACAUUUAUACAACCGUUUUGUUGGCUUCUUCGGUCCGGGUAGAAAUAGAAAAAAUCUGUUGAAACAUAAUUUUGAGAAAAAGUUCGAUCGGGUCUUUCCCAUUUUGGAAAAAUUAGGAAUCGCAUACAGUUACGAUUAUGUUUAUGUGAAAGGGUUGUUAAGGUGGGUGGUUUCCAAUUUGUGGUCCGAUGAACAUAAAUAUAGAGGAGUCUUCAAAUCCCUCAUGCGUAGCAGAAAUGGGCACUUAUCAGAGUGCGGCAUGUGCACCGCUUUGAAGAGGACUUACAAAAGGUUGCUGGUCAUAAUUUUCAACUUUUGUAUGUAUUUCUUUCUGGAUAAUUAUUACCACGUUUCGAAGGAGCACACAUCGUUGGGGGGGGGUAUUUUUCGCCCAUUUUUCAGAAGGUUAAAAGGUGUUGUAACUUUUUUUGUCACACAUAAAGGGUUUGCGCAGAAGGGCAGUUACACGUGGCUCAGUUUAUAUUUGAAAGGCAUCCCAGAUAUGGUGUGCACGCGUAGGCAUGAUAAACCGUUUAAAGGGUUGGGGGGUUGUACGAGGAUGGUCAGUAAUGGGAUGGAAUUGAAGAAGUUUUUUUCUUCAGGGUUUAUGAAUGGAGGGUCCCCCGAGCAGCUUAGCAGCAACCGUGUGAAGGAUUAUUUGUUUGAAGGGGAAAGAAGGAUCCCAUUUAUUUUUGUCGAUUGCAUGGUGUACGGGGCGCCCCCUGUGACCUUCAAAGAUGAGGACUCAAAUGGUUCCGAGUCGGGUAAGAAGGUAAAGGUGGGAAUGGUCACCCCAUCGUCGGUAAGUAGCCAUGAGGAGAAGAGAGAGUGUUACGAAGAGGGGGAGAAAACAAAGAAAGUUUCCUUUGUAGGGGAUGAUGGUGACGGUCCCAAAUUGGUGAGACCCACACGAUCGCGCAAGGGUACGGGGUUUGUAAAGAUGGACGUGAGUAAGCUGCUUCAGGAGAUAGACGAGGAGGAAGAAGGGGGGGUAGACGCAACCGAGGGGACAGGCACACCCGCCAAAGUUGCACUUUUCAAAGCGGGGGAGAGAAAGGGUGAGAAGAAGAGUGUCACCUUUACGUCCGAGGAUGACUCCGUUGGUGAAGAAAAACAAUCCCCGUUGAAUGCGCCUAGACCAGUGAGGUCACGCAAACCAACAGGAUUCGUCAAAAUGGAUGUUACCAAAUUGUUGCAGCAGAUAGAGAGUGAGCACAGUUUUGAGGAUACGGGGGAGGCAAGUGAAGUGAGUGAAGGGAACGCCGUAACGGAGGUAACCCCUGUAGGUUGUUCAAAUAUCGCAUUUAAGGAGGACGGAGAGGAGGGUUUAACACGGGAACAGAAAAAUGUGACGUUCUGCGAAAGUCCGCGUAGAUCUAACACAAGAAAAAAAAGUGUAUCUUUCAGUUCUGAGGAUGAACACAUCUACGUCGAAAGGCAAGAGUCGCUCAAAGUGCCCAGGCCAGUGAGGACACGAAAACCCACAGGUUAUGUUAAGAUGGAUAUGAGCAAGUUAUUGGAGGAGAUAGAGAAUGAAGAAAAGUCCGACGAGGCAUGUGCUUCUGCUGCAACUGAUCCAGCUGAUGUAGCUGACUCAGGGGGGGUUUCUGGCGAUACGGAAGGAGUGAGCCAUGUGGAUCAUCUGAAUGGUUUCAAUGCAGAGGAGGAACAUAAGAAGGAGACGCCAAAGGUAACUAUCUCCGAGGGUGCAUUUAGAACCGAUUUGAAGAAAAAAAACGUGUCCUUCAAUUACGAGGAUGUGUAUGUGCAAGGGGAGAAAAAUGAAUCGGCGAGUGCGCCCAGGCCGGUUAGGUCGCGCAAGCCAACAGGAUUCGUCAAAAUGGAUGUUAGCAAAUUGUUGGAGGAGAUAGAUCUAGAAGAAAAAUCUGAUGAAGGGAAGGAGGACACAGAAAAAAUGGAAACACAAUUUGUGGCUGCCACUGACACGACCCCAAGAAAUGAUAAAAAGGAAAAAAAAGUUACCUUCACUCCGGAGGGUGGAAAAUCUGUUUCCGUGAAGGAAGAAGAACCGGUGAGCUUUUCCAGACCGGCAAGAACUCGUAAAGCAACUGGUUUUGUCAAAAUGGAUUUGAGCAAGCUGCUGGAGGAUGUGGAAGGGGAGGACGAUGAGGAUGCCCAAGACGGAAGUAGUGACGCAGGGGUGGCACCAGAAGGGAAGAAAAUUUUCGACGACGAAAAUGGUGACGAUGAUGAGGAUGAUGAUGAAGGAGGAUGUUAUGAGGAAAGCGAAGAAUCGGAAGAGAGCAAUCAAUCGGAUGAGAGCAAUCAAUCGGAUGAGAGCAACGAAUCGGACAGCGAUGACCAAACGGAUGGGGAUGGAGAAAACAGUGACAGUGAUGAUAGCCACGAUGAAAACGUACCAUCCAGUGGAAAUAAACGUGGGGAAAAAGGAAAUAAUGAAAAGGGAAGUUAUGAAGAGGAAGCAAAGAAUGGGGGGGGAAAAUGUGGAAAUAAUUCAAAUAAGCAGAGUGAAAAUAAGGCCAAAAAGAAUGACAUGAAAGAACAAAAUAUUUCUGUUAACAACGGAACUGUGAAGGACCAAAAAAAGGAUAAGAGUUGUGUGCACCUGUUAAGAGGAGCAAGAACGAAAAAGAAACGGAUGAAGAAAAAGUACCGCGAACAGGAUGACGACGAGGAGGAAAGGCAGCUACACAUGAAGAUAAUUGGGGCAAGAAAGAUGAAGCACGAGAUGGAGAAGGCAAAAGUAGAGAAGCUGGAGAGUAAGGCCGUGGAACAGGAAAACAAAUAUAAGAGCCCCAAAGAAGUCACCAUCAAUUUUGAGGAAAUAAAUGAGGAAGAAAUGAAGGACAAAAUGAGCGAAUUAAAGAAAUUGGUGUGCACCCCAAAGGAAGGAGAUAACUUGGUAUUUGCAAUUCCGAUGUGUGCGCCUUAUUCAGCCAUUCAGAAUCAAAAGUAUAAGGUGAAACUGGUCCCCGGAAAUGCCAAAAAGGGGAAGGUUGCCGAAUCGUGCAUUUCAUACUUCCUGAAAAUGUCAACCGAAGAAAAGGAAAAGGAGCUCAUCAAAAAUAUAUCGGUGGACGAACUGGGAAACUGCAUUAUAACAAAUUCGACCCCAGAUUUGAAGGAGUUAAAACCGGCUACGAAGCAUAAUUUUGUGCAAAAGGGAAAGGGGAAAAAGGCGAAAUGAGAAGCUUUGGAAUGUGCUUAGAUGAUUACGUGCCCUGUUGAUCGUAUUUUCGACCCAACGGGAUUGAAUUAGUCGUGCGUGUAACUGUUGAUUUGUUUACAUAAUUAUAUAUCGAAUUAUAUAUGUAAUUAU